AGGUUGGCAUGCCGGCGUGUGGGCGUGAAGGAGGAGGAGGGGGUCUGUCAGUGGCGGGAGAGUUGGUGGGGUGUGAGAGAGGGAAACUCGGGGGAGAGAACGAAGCGAAAAAAGAGACGACGAGGAACUGGUUCUGCUCAGGAAAAUGAAGGCAGUCGCACUGGCGUCGACAACCCGCAGAGUGACGGCAUCGUGAACGGGGAAGACUGAUAGCAGGGCAGGACCAGUCUGCAUGCGGCGCUCUCUGCUAAGCAUUCUGCAUAACCCCAUCAACAGGGGGAAACGCGUUGAUCGGACAAGACGCAGGCAAAAAGGCAGGUGUUUUAUUGGUCGAGGAGCAAGCGAAGAUGGUGCGAGUACUAUUACCUUUAGAAAACGACGCUCUGUUUGAUAAAAAACAGGUUCUGCUGACAGAGCGGUGCCUCUCACGAGUAUAUGACAUUGCAGACAAUGAAGAGCAGGACGAUGAUGAGCUCCUGAAUUCUAUGUUGAGAACUUCACGAAUACUCCACCUUUCAGAGACGGAGAUAUACUUCCUGGAGAAUGGAGAUGAUGGCCCUACAAGCCCUCUGAAUGAGAUCCGGGCUGUCAGCAGUUUGUGUGAGUUCCUAUCAAAAGCAUCUGCACAAUUUUCGCAAAGGAGAAAGAGGACAAGGAGAGAAUUGGAUGGUCCUGUUACCUCUCGUGCUUGCAGUUCUGGCAAUGAGGAAUGCUCAUGCAGUGGAGCUGUCGAAGCCAGCGAGUUGAUUAUGUCUAGAAACGGAGGAGCAAGCAGGGCAUUUGACAUUUUGGAACGGUUAAGAAUCCGUCUACAGGAUCUGCUUAACGGUCUGGGAGAAGCACAAAUGUCUGCCCUAAGUUCGGAGGUUGGUGUCGCGUGCAAAAACUGGCGAGAGGUCAAACUUCAAGAAUGGGCGACUCGUCAGGGAGUAAUCAGCAAAAUACAUGCUGCAGAAUACAGGAGCACUGGCAGAGGAGCAGCUGGGAGGGUGGAUAUAGAAGCUGGCUGUGUCAUUCUGGAAGUGCCUCGUUCAUUGCUCAUCUAUUCAGAUACAGUGCUACAUUCAGAACUGGGCCAGGUGUUUAGAAUGCUGGAGAGCCCCUUCUUGGAGGAGAAUGACAAGGCCAUCCUCUGGACAAUACACGAACGAUACAAUCCCGACUCUUUUUUUGAACCCUUCUUUGCGGCUCUCCCCCAAACAUUCUGCACAGGUCUGAGCAUUUCAGAGGAGUCAUUGACUCUUUUGGACAAUACUUUUCUCUUGGCAGAGAUUAUGCAAGCAAGGGAACUGGUGCGUAAACGCUACAACCGGCUAUUCCCAGUACUGAGUGCAACAUUCGCUGAAGUUUUCCCACAAGAUUUGUUUACGUGGGAAAACUUUCUCUGGGCAGCAGAGCUGUGGUACUUGCAUGAGAUAAAAGUUCAUUUUCCUGACGGGCAAGUCAAGGCCUGCCUCAUACCUGUUGGAAGCCUUUUCAAUCAUUCGCUGCACAGAGUUGACCAGUUAAAGGUGCAGGACUGCUACAAGUGUCAAUGACUGGUGAAUAGGCACAGCUGAAUUCAUGUUGGAUAACCAGUGAACAAGUUUCUUAAGUGUGCUUGUCAUGAACAAAUGCUGGCUUGUUCA